AGCGUUUUCUAUUCUCUGUGCUGUACAAACUUCUCAUUAGUCAGCCCUUUACAUUGUAACACUUCACAUCCUUCUUGCCUUGAACAAGAGGCUCAAUUCAGUUAUGACGUCUAUCUUGGGUCGUUUCAGACUUCCUGUCCCACAUGUGUACCUGAUUGCAGGGGCAUCCCUUGGCGGUCUGCUGUUUCUGCGACAUGUGUCAAGCUCUUUGCGGGCUGACAAGUUCAGGACUCUCCUAUCGCCAAGAGAGACGACCCUGCUCGAACUUUCAGGGGAUGAGGUCAAGAAGUUGCCAUAUCCUCCAGAUGCGUUACCAGGAGCACGAGACGUAGACUCGCCGUACGGCAGCAUUCGAGUAUAUGAGUGGGGUCCUGAGGAUGGAGAGAAGUUGCUGCUCAUCCAUGGCAUAUCGACACCUAGCAUUGCGUUGACUGAUCUGGCUUAUAAGCUGGUUCAGAAAGGCUGUCGAGUGAUGUUAUUUGACCUCUUCUCCCGCGGCUACUCCUCCGGUCCCUCCCCCCACACUUACCACUACGACUCACCUCUCUACACCACCCAAAUCCACAUCUGUCUCCUCUCCUCUCCCCUUCACUGGUCGUCCUUCACGCUCCUCGGCUACUCGCUCGGUGGCGCGCUAGCCGCAGACUUCACAUCCUACUUCCCCACCCUCAUACACUCCCUAAUCCUGAUCGCGCCCGGCGGCCUCAUUCGGCGAACCCACACGACCUGGAAAAGUCGCGUCUUGUACAGCACGUCUGGUAUCUUACCGGAGAGUUGGGUGGAGAGAUUGGUGGCGAGACGGUUGUACACAGGGCCGGAGGAGGCGAGGAGUAUUGAGCCGGAGGGUGAUGGUGUUGAGAACGCCGAAACCAAAACUACUUCUCGAGGAGAUGCAGUGUACUCAUCCUCACACUACGCUCUCCUGCAAGGAACCCCGUAUAGCACUGUAGGUGCGGUGGUGGACUGGCAGAUUGAGCAGCAUGAGGGGUUUGUGAAGGCGUUCAUCUCGUCCAUUCGCUAUGCACCGGUGCAUGGGGAGCAUGAGCGUUGGAGGAUCCUGGGGCGGAACAUUGAAGAGGGGAAAGGCGGGUUGAAGAAGGUAUUUGUGGUUUUGGGAGAGAUGGACCCUAUCAUCGUCAAAGAUGAAAUUAUGGAGGAUGCGAGAGGGUGCUUGGGAAACGAGAAUGUAGAGUUUGAGGUUGUGAAGGGGGCAGGGCAUGAAGUUGCUAUCGAGAGGGCGGGUGAGAUUCUGACUGUUGUUGGAAGGGCGCUAGGUAAAUGGUGAUCAAGAGAGUAAGAUUUUAGAGUCAAUGACAG